AUGUCAUUACACAAAAAUCACCCGUUCCACUUAGUAGAUUAUAGACCUUGGCCCCUUUACGGAGCACUAAGAGCUAUAACCUUAAUAACAGGAUUAAUUAAAUGAUUUCAUCAGCAGCAAGCUAGAUUACUCCUAGUAGGAAUAACAAUUACUUUAAUAAUUAUAUAUCAAUGGUGACGUGAUAUUACCCGAGAAGGUACCUUUCAAGGACUUCAUACAAUUGUAGUAACAAUCGGACUCCGUUGAGGUAUAAUUCUAUUUAUUGUCUCAGAAGUAUUCUUUUUCAUUUCAUUUUUCUGAGGAUUCUUUCAUAGAAGAUUAAGACCCUCAGUAGAAAUUGGGAUAAUCUGACCCCCCAAGGGAAUUACCCCAUUCAAUCCUCUUCAUAUUCCUUUAUUAAAUACAUUAAUCUUAUUAAGAUCAGGAAUUACUGUAACAUGAGCACAUCACGCUUUAAUAGAAAAUAAUUAUAGACAAUCUAUUCAAGGAUUAAUAUUAACUGUAAUUUUAGGGCUUUAUUUUACAGCCCUCCAAGCAUAUGAAUAUAUAGAAUCCCCAUUCACUAUUGCAGACGCGGUUUAUGGGUCAUCAUUUUUCAUAGCAACUGGAUUCCAUGGACUUCAUGUUAUUAUUGGAACAACCUUUUUACUAGUAUGUUUAUCACGACAAAUAAAUAAUCAUUUCUCACCAACCCACCACUUUGGAUUUGAAGCAGCCGCAUGAUAUUGACAUUUUGUUGAUGUAGUUUGGUUAUUUCUAUAUAUCUCAAUUUAUUGAUGAGGUAGAUAA